GCGCGGGCUGCUCCCUCAGUAGCGGGGGCGAGCGGGGGCCGGGGCGCGGGCGGCUAAGAUGAGUGAAAGGAGAAGAUCUGCAGUCGCCCUGAGCUCGCGAGCACAUGCCUUCUCCGUUGAAGCCUUGAUCGGCUCAAAUAAAAAGCGGAAACUGCGAGACUGGGAGGAAAAGGGGCUGGACCUGUCCAUGGAGGCGCUGAGCCCCGCGGGCCCACUCGGAGACUCGCAGGACGCGGCCGCGCACGGCCUGGAGCCUCACCCGGAUUCCGAGCCGAGCACUGGUUCAGACUCGGAGGUGCUCCCCGAGCGGACUUCCUGCUCCUUUGACGCUCACGGCGACCUGGGCCCCGGAGCUGCAGGCGCCGUGCCUGCUGCCAUGUCUUCCAUGGAGGAGAUUCAGGUGGAGUUGCAAUGUGCCGACCUCUGGAAGAGGUUCCAUGACAUCGGGACUGAGAUGAUCAUCACCAAAGCGGGCAGGAGGAUGUUUCCUGCCAUGAGAGUGAAAAUCACUGGCCUGGAUCCACACCAGCAGUACUACAUAGCAAUGGACAUUGUGCCUGUGGACAAUAAAAGAUACAGAUAUGUGUAUCAUAGCUCCAAGUGGAUGGUGGCUGGCAACGCUGAUUCCCCCGUGCCCCCGAGAGUUUAUAUACACCCCGAUUCUCUAGCUUCUGGAGACACUUGGAUGAGACAGGUGGUCAGUUUCGACAAACUCAAGCUGACCAACAAUGAACUGGACGAUCAAGGACAUAUCAUUCUGCACUCUAUGCACAAAUACCAGCCCCGAGUUCAUGUGAUUCGCAAGGAUUUCAGCAGCGACCUUUCACCCACCAAACCUGUACCUGUUGGGGACGGAGUGAAAACGUUCAACUUCCCCGAGACCGUGUUCACCACAGUCACGGCUUAUCAGAACCAGCAGAUCACCAGAUUAAAAAUUGACCGAAACCCUUUUGCUAAAGGAUUCAGAGAUUCUGGAAGAAACAGAACCGGACUGGAAGCCAUCAUGGAGUCUUACGCGUUCUGGAGACCCCCCGUGCGCACGCUCACCUUUGAGGAUUUCACCACCAUGCAGAAGCAGCAAGGGGGCAGCACAGGCACUUCCCCAACCACCUCCAGCACUGGGACACCAUCCCCUUCGGCUUCAUCUCAUCUUUUAUCUCCAUCCUGUUCUCCUCCAACCUUUCAUCUGGCCCCCAACACUUUCAACGUGGGCUGUCGAGAGAGCCAGCUGUGUAAUCUGAACCUCUCUGAUUAUCCACCAUGUGCCCGAAGCAACAUGGCUGCCUUGCAGAGCUACCCAGGGCUGAGUGACAGUGGCUACAACAGGCUCCAGAGUGGCACUGCUUCAGCCACCCAACCCUCCGAAACCUUCAUGCCUCAGAGGACUCCAUCCCUGAUCUCAGGAAUACCAACUCCUCCCUCGUUGCCUAGCAACAGCAAGAUGGAAGCCUACGGUGGCCAGCUGGGGUCCUUCCCCACUUCCCAGUUCCAGUAUGUCAUGCAGGCCGGCAAUGCAGCCUCCACCUCCUCAUCGCCACACAUGUUCGGGGGCAGUCACAUGCAGCAGAGCUCCUACAAUGCCUUCUCUCUCCACAACCCUUACAAUCUGUACGGAUACAAUUUCCCCACGUCCCCUAGGCUGGCCGCAAGCCCAGAGAAACUGAGCGCCUCGCAAAGCACUUUACUCUGUUCUUCUCCUUCCAAUGGGGCCUUUGGCGAGAGGCAGUACCUGCCCGCGGGGAUGGAGCACAGCAUGCACGUGAUUAGCCCUUCGCCCAGUAACCAGCAGGCGACCAACACCUGUGACGGCCGGCAGUAUGCGGCGGUCCCCGGCUCCUCCUCCCAGAUGUCGGUGCACAUGGUUUAGUGGCCAGUGCAAACACCACGGAGCCUGCCGCGGCCGCGGCCCCUCCUCUCGGGAGCCCGGUGCCUCUGCAACGCAGGAACUGCGUGUUUUUUUCUUUUUUUCUUUUUUUCUGGAGGAGGAAAUCAUAUACCCAAGAACAACGAGAGACAUUUAAGCCACUGAAGUGUACCUGCGGUGGAAUCAUCUCCAACUCAGUGGCCGUUUUCCUGCCUUCCCAAAGCUUAGUUUUAUAAAGCAUCGUCUACCCAGAGUGGCCUUUGAAGAAAACUGAAUAAUCAUUUUAUAAUAAUGUUAAGGGAGAUGCUAGCAUUUAGCAGCUGUGAAAAGUUAGCUGCACACACACACACACACACACACACACACACACACAGACCUACCCAUACAUACAUGCAUGCAUACACACACACGGUCCUACACAGACUCAGACACACGCAUCCAUGCACACUGACUCAGAACUGGGCGAGCUCUGUGGAGAGGCUCAGAACAGGUGCUUUCACCAGGAGUUUGCGUACAACACUAGAUGGACGGGGCCAGCGGCAGCUGUCAACCUCUCUCCGCUGCAGCUUCCCGUGUUUCUGGAACGAACCGUGUAUCCUGGAGCCCCUUCCCAUCCGUGAAGGUGGAAAGGCAUCCUUACUACAACUGGACCUGGCUUCUUGAAAAAGACUGCUUUUAAGUUCUGGUUGUCUUCACUCAGUAUGCUAUCACUGACGUUCCCAGUGGUGUCUGUGAAAAGAGGGAGUAAGAGCAGCUGAAUGAGAGAGAGAGUGAGAGAGAGAGAAAGACUUGAGGGCAAGAGGCGGAGAGCGAGACUGAGAGAGGAAGUGUGAGCUGUGAUGGGAGUUUUAAUUCGCCAAGGAAAUCUGGUUUUGGUUUGUUUCUCUCCGUUCUCCCUACAGGUUAUGGAAAGAACCAUGGCAUUAUUGAGGAGUAAACGUCUCUGGGACACUGUGCGUGGCCAGGAUGCUGGCAAGAGGGACCGGGGCAAGGAAUGCAUCUCGAUCGCACAGCUCUGACGGCUGUGACCCUGAAGAGGGGCGCGCCGCACGGGGAGUGCCGACUCCAGCGCAAGCGCCUGGCAGGGCAAGGGACUUAGAAGGAGUGCAGAAGAGCGUUUUUUGAAAGAAACCAAGCGCAGAGGCGACAGAGAGGCCUGGCCCCAGCACGCCAGGCCCAGACACCGGACCCGCCCGCCCGCUCACAGCCCGUGGCAGGAGAAAUCCCGUCACGGCCCAGGGAAUUGCAGAUGGCCCUGUACAUCUCCCACUCGCCCUUAGAGCUCCAUUUUUUUUAAUCAAAUAGUUCAUUGCAUUUUGAAGUUUUGGGUUUUUUCCCUUCAUCUUUCCCUUCCCUUGAAAUCCUUUAAUGAUUAAGAAAACAAGUGGAGUUUGGUGCCAGCUAAACUUUUAAAAAUGGUGUGGAAAUGCAAAUAAUGCCAAGUAAAAUAAUACAGAUAUUAUUAAGAUUUUUGGUUUUGAGGUGUUGUAGAUAAGUGUAUUUAUGUGCCUAGUGGGGAAUUCGAUAUUAUGAAUAUUAAAAAAGGGGGCAAUAAAAAGGGUAUGUAAAAUAUGUAUGAAGAAAAUGUGUAUAAAAAUUUGCCCUUAUGCACGGAACUGUCUCAAAGUGCCAAGCACAGAAAGCCGCUAAAUAAAAUCUUCGCCAUUAUUUUC